CGCACCAGCCGGGCCAACCGGGCUUCAAAUUCACCGUGGCCGAGUCCUGCGACCGGAUCAAGGACGAGUUCCAGUUCCUGCAGGCCCAGUACCACAGCCUCAAAGUGGAGUAUGACAAGCUGGCGAACGAGAAGACCGAAAUGCAGCGCCAUUACGUUAUGUACUACGAAAUGUCGUACGGUUUGAACAUUGAAAUGCACAAACAAACAGAAAUUGCUAAAAGACUGAAUACAAUUUUAGCCCAGAUCAUGCCUUUUCUGUCACAAGAGCACCAACAGCAAGUGGCACAGGCUGUUGAACGUGCCAAGCAAGUGACAAUGACGGAGUUGAAUGCUAUCAUCGGGGUACGUGGACUUCCCAAUCUGCCUCUCACCCAGCAGCAGCUCCAGGCCCAGCACCUCUCCCACGCCGCCCACGGGCCCCCGGUCCAGCUGCCGCCGCACCCCUCGGGGCUCCAGCCGCCGGGAAUCCCGCCCGUCACCGGCACCAGCUCGGGGCUGCUGGCCCUCGGAGCCCUGGGCAGCCAGGCCCACCUCGCUGUCAAGGACGAGAAGAACCACCACGACCUGGACCACAGAGAGCGAGACUCAAGUGCAAAUAAUUCCGUGUCGCCCUCGGAGAGCCUGAGAGCCAGCGAGAAGCACCGGAGCUCCACGGAUUACAGCAUCGACUCCAAGAAGAGGAAAGCAGAGGAGAAGGACAGCAUGAGCCGAUAUGACAGCGAUGGUGACAAGAGCGAUGACCUGGUGGUCGACGUCUCCAAUGAGGAUCCCGCCACCCCCCGGGUCAGCCCGGCCCACUCCCCCCCGGAGAACGGCCUGGACAAAGCCCGCGGGCUGAAGAAGGGAGAUGCCCCCAACAGCCCGGCCUCGGUCGCCUCCUCCAGCAGCACUCCCUCCUCCAAGACUAAAGACCUGGGCCACGUACGUCCUGCUCCCCUGGGGGGCUGGCUGGGGGGCUGGGGGUGCCGGUGCUGGACCCUCACCCCUUGUUUCCCGUCUCUUCCCCACCAGAACGACAAGUCAUCGACGCCCGGGCUCAAGUCGAACACUCCGACGCCGCGGAACGACGCGCCCACCCCGGGCACCAGCAGCACCCCGGGGCUGCGGCCCAUGCCCGGCAAGCCCACCGGCAUGGACCCCCUGGCCUCGGCCCUGCGCACGCCCAUCUCCAUCGCGGGCUCCUACGCGGCCCCCUUCGCCAUGAUGGGGCACCACGAGAUGAACGGGUCCCUCACCAGCCCCGGCGCCUACGCGGGGCUGCACAACCUCCCCCCGCAGAUGAGCGCGGCCGCCGCCGCCGCCGCCGCCUACGGCCGGUCACCAAUGGUUGGUUUUGACCCACACCCACCCAUGCGAGCCCCCGGCCUGCCCUCCAGCCUGGCCUCCAUCCCCGGAGGGAAACCAGCCUACUCGUUCCACGUGAGCGCCGACGGGCAGAUGCAGCCGGUGCCGUUCCCGCACGACGCGCUGGCGGGGCCCGGCAUCCCCCGGCACGCGCGGCAGAUCAACACGCUGAGCCACGGCGAGGUGGUGUGCGCCGUCACCAUCAGCAACCCCACCCGGCACGUCUACACCGGCGGCAAGGGCUGCGUCAAGAUCUGGGACAUCAGCCAGCCCGGCAGCAAGAGCCCCAUCUCCCAGCUCGACUGCCUGAACAGGGAUAACUACAUCCGCUCCUGCAAGCUGCUCCCGGACGGCCGCACGCUGAUCGUGGGGGGCGAGGCCAGCACGCUGACCAUCUGGGACCUGGCGUCGCCCACGCCCCGCAUCAAGGCCGAGCUCACCUCCUCGGCCCCCGCCUGCUACGCCCUGGCCAUCAGCCCCGACGCCAAAGUCUGCUUCUCCUGCUGCAGCGACGGCAACAUCGCCGUGUGGGACCUGCACAACCAGACCCUCGUCAGGCAAUUCCAAGGCCACACAGACGGUGCCAGCUGCAUAGACAUCUCCCACGAUGGUACGAAGUUGUGGACGGGGGGCCUGGACAACACGGUGCGUUCGUGGGACCUGCGGGAAGGGCGGCAGCUCCAGCAGCACGACUUCACCUCCCAGAUCUUCUCCCUGGGGUACUGCCCGACGGGCGAGUGGCUGGCCGUGGGCAUGGAGAGCAGCAACGUGGAGGUGCUGCACCACACCAAGCCCGACAAGUACCAGCUGCACCUCCACGAGAGCUGUGUCCUCUCCCUCAAGUUCGCCUACUGCGGUAAAUGGUUUGUGAGCACUGGGAAAGACAACCUGCUCAACGCCUGGAGGACGCCCUACGGAGCGAGCAUCUUCCAGUCCAAGGAAUCCUCGUCCGUCUUAAGUUGUGACAUUUCAGCGGAUGACAAGUACAUCGUCACGGGCUCUGGUGACAAGAAGGCCACAGUCUACGAGGUCAUCUACUGAGCGUGGAGCGUCUGGGAGGGCUGGCAGCUCCCGGCCCCGCAGGACUCGGGAAGCAGCGGGGGGAUGCCACGGGGUGGCCCAGGGACCGUGCCCGCUCCGAGGGGGGCCCUGCCCGGCGUCCGCCACACACGGAUUGAUUUGGAGAUCUGCAACUCUGGCACACGUUGGAGCCCUAAACGGAUGUUCCUUUGGUUUUUAGGGUCGUGGGGUUUCUUUUGAUUUUUUUUUUUAUUAUUAUUUUUGAUUUUUUUUUGAAUUUUUUUUUUUUUUUUUGGUUUUCCGGUUCUUUCCGUCUGCGCUUUGGUGGCACUAUAAAGGACUCCUUUUUUUUAUCGUGACUUUUUUUUUUUUUUGUUUUGUUUUGUUUUGUGCAGCCUUGCAUAAGACUUGUGAAAAGUGUAAAUACCGGACUAGUAAAUAGCGUUGAAGGGGGUCCCUCCCGGUACACUAGUUGUGUAUUUUUCGUCUGCUGUAAUUGUAUUCCACUGAUGGUUUUGGUGGUGGCAAUUUUAUUAUGGGUUUUUCGGUUUGUUUUUUUUUGUUUGUUUUUGUUUUUUCCCCUCCCCUGCCCCUCUGGAAGCGUCCGUGGGGACGUGACUUUGCCACCCAGGCCGAGCAGAGCUGUCCAGUGGUGAGAAGUUGUCCCUGCUGUGGUCCCCGUGCGUUGUUGGGUGUGUUAGUGAUGAUGGGACGCCGCUGGAAUCCCGGGAGCGCUCGGAUCCUCGGCUGCCGACGGGACAUCGACACAGUCGCCUGGUUGGUUUGGGGUUGUUUUUUUUUAUAUAUAUGGAUUUAUCCUUAUUUUUUUCCGUGCUUGGAUGUUUGAAGAGAAAGGGGAAGCCCACGCUACGGGAUCGUCUGUGCAAGCCCUUCUUGGUCUUCGGACAGAAGCAAUGAGGAGUGAUUUCAAAGAAAGCUUAGAAAAUUCAGCUCAGGGAGCCACGAAAGAUAAUAGCAACUUAUGUGUUUUGUAUUCAAAUGAAAGUAAAGAAUUAGAAUUGAUAACCUUUAAAGAAAAAAAAAAAAA